GGGCGGGGCAUGUCUGACUCUGCGCGCGCGGUGUUUGAAAGAAAAUGGCGGAGCUUCAGAAUGGAGAGAUUGAACCGUGUGAGGACAGCAGCAUCAAUACAAGGGUCCCGGAAGUGUCUCAAGGAGUCAAACGGCCUCGUGACAGCAGCCCCGUCCCGGGUCCUCCUCAGAAGUCACCUGCUCGUUCUGGAGAGGAGGAGCGGCUGCAGGACUCCAAGAUGAGCUCUGCUGAGGACAGUGUGAGGGACAGUGUGAGCGUCAGCGCUCCAGAACCAAACGGAGUUCGGAGGAAGUCCUGGAGGAGAUCGUCCCGAGGCAGACGCUCCCUGCCGGCCUUCUCCUGCUCCUCACAGCCUCUGUGUGAAACCAUCAGCCUGUCUUUGCCUGAUAACGAGAGGCUAGAGAUGCUAAUUAAAGCUGCCAUGCAGAGGACAGUGAAAAGGGCCAAAAGUAGUCUGUACACUGUUCCUGGUGUUGAUACAGAGACCCUCCAGGCUCAAGUUGAAUCUUUGCACGGAGAGUGGGACAGUCUGGCUGAAGACAUCAGAAGAGAGACUCCGAGUUCACUUCCAGCUGUUGAGAGUGACCCUGUUGUUAACAUGACCACUGCACACAUUCAGGAGGACAUAGACAGGUUACAGGCUGAGAGUAUGUCAUGGGAGUCGCUUCUGAACCAACAUCGGAGCAAAGCUGACGAACUAGACAAAUGUGUGGAGCGAGGUGAAGAGAAGGGGCUGCCGCUGGACCCAUCGUGCUUUGAAAAGUCCUCACAGAGUCAGCUCAUUCUGAACAAACCGGACUACAAGGCGGUGCUCGUGGGACAGCAAAAACUACUCCGAAACAUGGAGCUCGUGAUGGACUCACAGUGUUGUGUAAUGAGGGAGCUGCUGUCUUUCCGUGAGAAAUCACAGCUGCUGCUAAAGGAGACCAGUGCCAGACUAGCUGCCAGGGCUGGCUUUCAGAAUCUCCCUUCAUCUCCAGUCAAACAGCUGAUAAAAGGAGCCAUAUCUAGUGUUUCCUCUUAGUUUACAGAGCCGUAAUGAAUCCCAUGGGAUGCUGAGCUACCACAGAAAAGUGCUAUGGUCUGACAGAGCCAUUUCAGUUAUGCAUUAUUACUUUCUACUCUAUCAUUUCUACUUUUUGCAGUAUCAAAAUACAUGGCCUUUUCAUAUGACCCAAUAAUUUGGAUGGCGAGUAUCUAAAUUCAUGCUAAACAUCUGUCUGUCUGUCCUAGAUUUAGUAAGAGGAAAGGCUCAUAAUGUGCACAUAAAGCCCAAAGAUGGACACUAGAUGGCAGACUAGUUAUUCAGAGCUCUACUUUAACCCUUGCAGUUCUCCAUAGGGCUUGUUUUUCACAUUUUUACAGAUUUCAGAUUCAAAUUAAAUUCCUCGACAUCUGCUUCAAUUUUUUUGUCAUGUAAAAAAAGAAAAGAAAAAACAUUUUGAUUCAGUUUUAAGCCCCCGAAUGUUUUUAAUCGGUCUUUUAAUCUGUCCUGUAUGUCUAAUGGACUAAGAAUGAUAUUCAUUCAUCCAUCACUGGAUAUAUUUCUCUCUUCUGCCUGAAUGGUGAAAUUGAAUAAACGGUUUGUGCUGGUGUCUUGUUUCCAGCUCAAACAUCGCAAGCUUGUAUUUACACGCUUUAAGUCAUCAUUAUUAGCUUAAAGAAAAGACACUGGCCUUUGGGCUUUAGUCAUGAGCUCUUUGAGGGCCUUUUAGCCGUCUGUUAUGUUUGUUCUUGUGCGUCCCGUGACCCCUUCCCCCCUCACUUCCAGCCCUUGUUCUCUAUUCAGCGUCACACAGGACUGCUGAGCAAGACACAGGAUUCUCCACUUCACAUCCGCUCUGUUUAUAUCACAUUUCCAUGCCCACAAGACUAAACACCACCUGCUCUGAACUCCCGUGACAUAAUAGUAUCUGUGUUCGCUCUCAAUACUUCGUCCACUGUGAUCUAAGAAACUGAAGACAGACGUUUUAACAAUCCCAAAAUAAAACCUUUAACCGUUUCGAUCUCAAGAGCUGGAAAACGAGGUCAGAACGCGGGCUGAUUCGACUUGGCUUGUAUUUAGUUUUCUCUGUUAAUGUAGGGAUGGAGGUGGUGUAUCAGGAGAGUGGGGUUAAGCGUUCGAAGCACUGGGGGUGGCACCGCAAGAGGAAUCGAUUCUUAUUUAGAUGAAAAUCAGGCUCAGCGCUUGUGGGCCGCAUCUGCCUCAAACAGAUUUCAGAAGAAUACCUAUUCACAGACACGAGAGGAAAAACUAGUCUCACGGUGGCAAAUACUUUUAAAUUAAAUGUAAAUUGAUGAAGAUUAAUGUAUGCAUGUGAUGUAGUAGUU